CUUCCUUCCGAAGCCCUUGUCCUAACCCCUCAUCUAUAUCGUCGUCCUUAUUGGGUUGAUCUGUCAUUAUUGCUCGAUGAUAUGAUCAAUGUAGCAGUGGGGAUGUGGCUGUGAUGGACGUCUGGGUAGGACCUUGAACAAGAAUAUGGGUGGUGCAUUUGACGAAGCACAAUACGAAAGAUUUCAAAAGGAAAAGAGGGGUAGGGGGAGAAACUACAUGUUAAUAUUACUUAGGUGACUACUGUGGGUGGGACUUGGAGCCUGAAAUAAGGCAGUUCCAUUAACUGCUAGCCGUGAUGGUGGGUUACACGGGCUUCACUCGUGCUCAGCUGUGCCUAGACUCCUAGAAUGACCAGCUGUACGCUUAUUUAAAUCAUAUCUCCCUGUUCCAAACCGUUUGAUAUGUAUGUCAAAUUGGCAUAUCACAUAUAAUGGAAAAGGUCAAAUUAGAAGACUAUCGCCAGGGCUACCCCCGAUUGGCCGCUUUUCUGCUUUUGGCCAGGGAGUUCACCGUCCUACGGCGUUUCGAUUACCUCCAUAUGCGAAGCCUUCUCGACCAACAGGAUCGGCUAGCUGAUCUUGAAGAGAAGCUCCACCAUUGCGAUGACGCUGAAACGACCCAGCUCCAUCUCUCCAGCCGUCGCCAAGAUUCCAAUCAGAGACGAAGGGAUUUACUAGAUGAAAUAAAACUAAAUCUGUCCAGUUAUGACCAGGCGAUCGCAGGGUUUCAUACCAUAAAAGCCCUACAAUCAACGCCUGAUCGGCAUGUUCAGAGUGUCCUGAAUUGGGUUUUUGGACAUAAGCCAUUGGUCAGGUCAGAAAGUAAAUGCUAUCUUGGUUCCUCUGGAAGAGGUGAUUUUGUGACCAUUGCGCCCGACGAUCCUGAGAGAGCCAUUCCGGAGGCACUUCUAGAUAUGGGUGUAAGAACUUUUCCAAGCAUUAGCAAAUAUGUUUGCUCUACUCAGGAAAGGACAACCGACGAUCAUAUAUUCCUAUUUCCUCCGUCACACCUCAGGACUGCUAUCAGAUGUCUUAUAGCAUUGAUACUGCCAGUUUGGAUGAUAUUUCAUGUCAUUAUUCUUAAUAACAUGUCACAUAAUUCAAGCAAGGCGAUCGUUUACUCCCUCUUUAUUAUUUCUACCUCAUUUGUUGUCAUGAUUACCACAAAUGCAACAAAAUACAAUCUGUUGAUAGCCCUCCUGACGUAUGCCGCUAUUCCGACUUCAGUCUUUCUAGGAAGCAACAGUCAAGGGGCAUCUUCCAAGUAGUUAAAUAAGAUGCAUCCCUAGUCUACCAAGUACUUGCAUAUGGGAGGGUUCAAUAUGAUCCAAGAAAGGUAGAUAUCUAGUGUUAGUUCAUUGAUUUACCCUGUCAUUCCAGCCUCCUGGUUGAACAAGAAGCAUUUAGAGGUGCCCAUAUCUU